GUACCAACGAAAUCAUAGAUGAACUGUAAGCUGUGAGCUAAAUCUGUUGAUCGAAACGUGGAAUGAAUUUAUUUACAUCAAUUGGUCAACAAAUAUUGUAUUAAUCGUCGGCAAUUGCUCUCAUGUCCGACAAGAAGGCCCCUGCUCCGGGAGAUGGCUUGAGGUCCCUAAGGUCAACUGGAAUUUUUCGAGCAGUUAACUUCGAACUUUAUGCACGACCUAAUGCGGUAAUAAUGACAAUCGGUUUAGCCGCGAUGGGAAUUUGUGUUGGUUACAUCGCUUACAUGAGAACAAAGUAUGAAAACAUGGGGUAUUACGCAGCUGUCGACAAGGAAGGCGAAGAAUCAUUUGUUCAAAAGAAAUCAAAAUGGGAUUGACAGUAAUAACUUCAAAUAUACAAAACUCUUGUAUAGUGUGUUUCACAAUUGUUAAUGGCAUAUCCAAAAAUUUAGAAAAAGAUUUGUAGUUUUACUUUGUACAUAUGAAAUAAUGAACGAAGACAUUUAAUCGUGAA